CCAUUUUCACAUUACCCAAAAUACCUUGCGCCUUGGGGGGUAACUUUGGAGCCCUAGUUACAAGCAAAAUGGCGGCUCCAACCAAACAAACGGAUUUAAAGCUACCAAAUUGUUAUAAAGAUGCUUCUAAACUCACGAAACCAAAGCUUAAGGAAGUUUGUAGAGCUCUCUCUGUAGAUUUUGAGAAAAAUAUCGGGAAGAAAGCGCUCGUAAACAUUGUUUGCAACGCUUUAAAUCUGUCAACAUCAUCCACGACCGCUACAAAGACCGAGAAUCAGUCAGCUUGCUGGACUUUACCAACCAUAGCUUAUCUACAGAAGCAAAAAGAAUGGAAGAAAGACUUAACAGGCAUACCAAUGCUCAUGGAUGAGUCAAUGGUCAAGUCAUAUUUAAUUGGAGUUGGUUAUGAAGAGCAAACUGUGCGAAAGUAUAAGACACUUCGUGCAUGGGAGCACAAGCAAGAUGUACAUUCUGUCAAAGUUCAUUUGCUACCCGAUUUCCCAAGUCUUUGGGCUCUUAGAGGAAUCUGCAACCCGUCAUUCUCAACUGAUCAGGAGGAAAGCAAAGUGAUGUACGUUGUACUGGAAACCCAAUCAAGCAAACCAGUGUUUUCCUACUCCAUAAUAGAACUAACUUCAGACUCAGCUAUGUUGCCAUCUUCAGCACAAAAAGGGAUGCUGACUGUGAUAUCAUCCACAAAUUUAACCAAUAGGCUAGAGGGGCUAAAUGGCUUUAUAUCAUUUAUCCUCAGAGAGAACAAUAUUGGACCUAGCACCGUCCCCUGGGGACACCCCUGGUUAUAUCUAUAA